AUGGGAGAGGCCGUCACCGCCGCGGAGCUGCUACACAGCAUGCCGUUGAUCCGGUCGGUGACGGGGGACGGCAGCGGCGGCGGCGUCGAGACUGGCGGCUGCGGCGCGCUGCUCGUGGAGCUCAAGCAACUGUGGGGGGAGAUUGGGAAGAGCCGGGAGGAGCGGGAGCGGAUGGUGCGGGAGCUGGAGGCCGAGUGCAUGCGCGUGUACCGCCGCAAGGUCGACGAGGCCACCGGCGAGCGGGCCAUGCUGCACCAGUCGCUCGCCGCGGGGGAGGCCGAGAUCGCCGCGCUCACCGCCGCGCUGGGAUCCGACAACAGCCCUCAGCUCAAGGUAAACAAAUGGACCAUGUCGUUGACCAAGCGGGUGUCGUCAGCAACGACCCUGCUGGAAGAACUGAGGGCGGUGAAAGCAGAGCGGAGCCGGCAGUUCGCUGACAUCCGGUCAGAAAUCGAAAAGAUCACCGCUGAGAUCGCCGGGAGGAGCUACGGUGGCUACGAGGGCUCCCCCAGGGCCAAAGAGGUGGUGGAAGAGCACGACCUGACGAUCAGGAGGCUGAACGAGUACAAGGCGCGCCUCACGAGUCUCCAGAAAGAGAAGUCCAACCGGCUGCACAGGGUCCUGGAGCACGUGACCGAGGUGCACUCGCUGUGCGACGUGCUGGGCGAGGACUUCGUCGCCAUCGUGAACGAGGUCCACCCGGGGCUGCACCUGCACGAGACGUCCGACCCCGGCAAGCCCACCAGCAUCAGCGACAGCACGCUCAGCAGCCUCGCCCAGGUCGUCGCGAUGCUCGCCUCCGAGAAGGCCAAGCGAGCAGCCAUGCUGCGAGAGGCAGUGGUGCCUCUGGUGGAGCUGUGGGAGCUGAUGGACUCGUCGGAGGAGGGGCGGCGGGGUUUCAGGAAGGUCACGGCCGUUCUGAAUCCCGACAAAGUUGAUGCUCUGUCCUCCGGCGUCUUGUCAGUGGCGACCAUAAAGAAGACGGAGGAGGAGGUGGAGAGGCUGACGAGGCUCAAGGCCGGCCGGAUGAAGGAGCUCGUGCUCAAGAGGCGGCUGGAGCUGGAGAACAUCUGCCGCAGCAUGCAUGUGGAGCCUGAUGCGAGCACCGUUCCGGAGAAAUCCAUUGCGCUGAUCGACUCUGGCCUCGUGAAUCCUUCUGAGCUCAUGGCCAGCAUCGACGAACAGAUAGCGAAAGCUAGGGAAGAGCUCCAGUCCAGGAGAGAAAUCAUGGAGAAGAUAAACAAGUGGCUGCUGGCGUGCGAGGAAGAGAAAUGGCUAGAGGAGUACAAUAUGGAUGAGAACAGAUUCAGUACCGGCAGAAUUGCACGCCUCAACUUGAAACGCGCCGAGAAAGCAAGGCUCAUCAUCUCCAAGAUUCCAGCCGUUGUUGACAACCUGAUCAGUCGAACACUCGCAUGGGAGAGCGAAAGAAAGAAGCCGUUCCUGUACGACGGGGCAGGCUUGGUUGCCGUCUUGGAGGAGCACAAGCAAGCCAGGAUCAGGCAGGAAGAGGAGAGGAGGCGACUCAGGGAGCAGAAGAAGCUGCGCACCCUGCUGAGCGAGAAGGAGGCGAUGCCGCACCUGAAGCGGCCCGGCAGCAGCUUCGGCAGGGCGGCCGAGCCCUGCAACGUGAACCGGAAACGGGUCGACGCAGGCAGGUUCGCGUCCUCCGCGCCGUCCGUGCGCAGCGGCGCGUCCUCCAGUGGAACCACCAGCAGCAGCAGCAGUGGUGCGAGUGCAACGGAGUUCAUCAGGCCACGCUCGUCGGCGGCGGGCGCGGGACAGUGUGGCGAGUUCUUCAAGGGCGCGAGGCGGCUCUCGGCGCCGUCGUUUAACUACGUCGCCGUGUCCAAGGGCGGCAGCAUGUCCUCGUCGCUGGCUCUAUCCUAA